AUGGCGUGCUCGGACGUCAUCGUGGGCCCGUCGGUGGUGUGCGACAUCUGCCUCACCGACGUCAACAGCCACUGCAUGCAGCCUUGGCAGGGGCAUGCAGUCUGCUUCGCCUGCUUCGCGGACCGCGACGUCGCAUACGGUCGUCGGCAGGCCGCCUGGUCCAGCGGCCUCGCAGGGCAGGUUGGCCGCAGUGUGGCAUUUGGUGCGCAGAUUGCUGGCCAGGCUGUCGGCGCCACCCUCGGCACCGCAGCGACGGGGAUGCAGCGCCUGGCUGUGGGCGCUGCCGCGGGAGCGCGCCAGACGUGGGCGGCAGGCACGAUGAUGCCUCUGCCUGCUCAGCCGCAGCUUCCCGACCAGCCGUCCGCAGCAGCUGCUGAGAGGGCUGGCAGGGCGGACGCGCCCGACGCCGGCCAGGACCUGCAGCGCCCGCCAUCCAGCGCGAUUGAUUUGCAGCUGGCGGAGCUGCGAGAGCUGCGCAUGGAGGCGCAGCGCCUCAGCCGCAGGAGCGAGCAGCUGGAGGCAGAGCGGCGGUGGCAGCGUCGGCCGCGGACCAAGCAGCAGUCGCACCUGGCGGAGUUCAGGUGCCUGGCUUUGAGGCGGCAGCUGGCGCUCAUGGCAUUCCUCAGCCGCCGCUGCCGCCCGGCGGACUGCCGCCCAGGCUGCCUCCGAUCGGCCGGGGGCCCACUGGAUGGCCAGGCGGGCCUCCAGGCGGGCCGCCAGGAGGACACGGAGGUGGUGGCGAUGGAGGAGGUUUCGGAGGACCUCCCGGAGGUGCAGGUGGUUUUGGCGGUGAUCCAGGGCGUGGCGGAUGGGGCCGACGAGCAGCACCGAGGAACCGCGUUUGGCUUGGAGACGGUGUUGGCGAAACUGAAAGACGGCGACGUGCCGAAGCUGGCGUUCGUCGCCGGCGUGAACAAGGCGCACGCCUUCGAGGAGUCGAGGGAGGCGCACUACCUCAGCCGGGGCCCGCUCGAGCGCCCGAUCGUGAAGCCGAACGCAGAGUGGUUCGGAGCCGACUGCCAGAGCCUCAGCAUUGAGCUGCGCUUGCGUCCGCUGCUGUUGGACUCGGUUCCCGAGCAGGUGCAGAGCGGCGCGCCGGCCACCCGACAGACUUCGGUGACCGAGCUCCUCUUCGGCAUCAUGGUGGAGGCCGGCCCCGGCACCCUUCGCGACCGGAAGCUGGCGCCGAGGGAGGUGGGGCGGCGCGAUAACAAGGCCGCCGCCCUAGCGCUUUGCUACCAGGAGCUGAACUCUUGGAAGUUCUCGCUCACUCGAUUGCAGCGUCUUGGCACGGCUGCGCCGGGCCCGGUCACGCAGCUGGCGACGUUGCGAGGCAUCGUCAAAGGCAUGGCCGAGGCCGGCGCGAAUUUCCAGUGCAGGAUGUUCGCGUGGGAGAUGCAGCACGGCAUCUCGGGCGCCAGCCAGGGUUCGCAGCAGCAGAUGGAAGAGUUCUGGCGGUACCUCGCCGCCGAGGUACGUGAGCUCUGCGACGCGCCCCAGGGGAAGGGCGUGAAGGCGCUGGCAGCGACGCGGGAGGCGAAGGAGGCCAAGGGCGGGGGCAAGCAGGGCAAGCCCGACGCCAAGGGCGGCAAGCCCGACGCCCGCGCCAAGGCGAAGGCGAAGGCUAAACCCGCUGCCAUGGCGGCGACAGGAUGCAAGGAAACGCGCCGGUUCUUCGACAGCAAGGCCGGCUGCAAGUCCGGCGCGACUUGCACUCGCCACCACAGGAAGCUCGAGGUGAGCGAGGGCAAUUGCUCUUACUGCGGGGCCGAGGACCAUGACAAGGCGCUGCAGCAGGUGGUCAUGGAUGCCGCGGCGGCAAGCCUCUUCCCGAUUUCGGCCGCCGCCGCUGCUGCCGGCCCUGCCUGGCAGGUGGAUCUGCGCGCGGCUCGCGCGCUCCUUGGAGGCUCAGGCCGUCGCCGGCUGCUGGCCGACACUGGGGCCACGCGUGAGUUGCAGCACCUGCGGCCUAACUGGCGCCCGCCCGCGCCUUGCCAGCGCGUCGACCUCGCGCGCGCGACUGGCCAGCAAGCUGGCGUGCUGAUGGGGGCGGGCGAGGUGGUGUAUGUCCAUUCCCCCACGGAGUUGCAGGCCCUGUUCCCGAUCGGCGCGUACGUCGCCGAACUCAGCCUCGAUCUUCAGCGGGGUCGGGAUCGAGCCCGCGCGCUGCUGCCAGGCCAGGGUGCGAUCGAGCUGGAGCUCGAGGGUGCCACGGCGCACAUCUACGAGGACGACGCCCAGCGCCUCCGCGCGAUGAGGCAGCAGCUGCGCACUCGAGCCGGCGCUCGGAUGUUGGCGGCGCACUUCGAUGUCGUCGUGGCCGCUGUGCAGCGCCUCAGCUUGGAGGAACAUAAGAGGCGCGGACACCCUUCCUUCCGCCCCGAUUGCUACAAACGCCGCCUGGCGGCAGGUCGCACGAGGGCGCACUGGCGGCUGGAUGCGCCGACGCGGCCGGGAGGCCAGCUGUCCGUGGACAUAUCUGGCCCCCAUCCUGCAGGGCUCUGGCCAGGGGCGCUGCCGGAGGGCCGCCCCAAGACGGCGCGGUACUUCGUCCUCUGCGCCUACGCGGUUAUGACUGCUUCUGAACGCGCUGCCGCCGCUGGGGCUGAGCAGCGCGCGCGCGACGCCGCGGGGGCGCCGCCGCUUGCAGCCGCGGGCGUGGGUGAGAGGCCCGCAGAUCAGGGGGGGCAGGCUGCCGCUGCGGCGGCAGGGCAGCCGCUGGCUGCAGACGACGCCGUGGCGAUGGUCACGCGGGCUUCGGCGCUGCCAGCGGUGGCCGCAGUGCCGGCGGACGGACCCGUCGGGGAGGAGGGCGUGCAGACGUGGUACUACGUCAUCCCCAUCGCUGGCAAGCACACGGCGGAGGUGCUUGCGGCCCUGCGCCUGAUGAUCGCGCAGGUGGAGCUCGAGUUCCAGGCGCGCGUGGCCCGCCGCGUCCACGCUGACCAGGCGCGGGGGUUCUCGGGCCCGAAGGUGAGCGCAGCGCUCGCCACCCAAGGGAUCGUAGUCACAUCGACCCCAGGGCACGAGGCCGAUAACAACCCCCGUGCCGAGAGGGGCGUCGGUAUCAUCAAGCAGAGGGGCAGAGCCAUGCUCAUGACGAUGGACGCGGCAGACCGCGAGCAGCCGUGGCCGGCUUCGGUCGUGCACGCAGCACCUCUCCAACGGCGCGAGGCUCAAGAGAAGCCGAUUGGGCGUCCGAUUUUCGGGCAGCCCGUCACCUGCAGGAUCAAGCAGGUGCCGCAGUUUGCGUUCGCGCCUCGGGCUGUGCCCCGGCGGUUUUUCGGCAUGCGCGACUUCGUGUCCGGGGCGUCCUUGGUUGGCCACAAGGUUGCCCAGAACGGCCUCGAGAGGUGGGAGCUCGAGACCUCGUCGAGCUUCGUCGUCGACGUCGUGCCUGGAGGUGGAGCCCGGCAGGAGGUCAACGAGCACGGCGACCAGGAGGAGGAGAAGCACGACCAGGAGCAGCAGGACAGCCACGAGGAGCAGCAUAACAUCCAGGAGGAGGAGGAGGAGCACGGCAACCAGGAGGAGUCUGAGGACCUGAACCCCCUCCGAGGGAGAUCACGCGCCCCGCCCGCCUGGGGGCACAUCGUGGGCGCACGUGCGACCACAGGCGCCGCCAGGGCCCGUCGACCGACCAGCCGCAUGACCAUCGGAGCUGCCGCUGCUGCCGCCGCCGACUCCGACUCGGACGGCGCGCCGGAUUUCGUCGAGAUCAUCAAGGACAGCGGCAUGCAGCCAGUCUCGAUGACCGAGCUGCGGAAUGCGAUCGGCACCGAGCGUGACGAGUGGAAGCUGGCCAUGGAGGCCGAGCUCGCCUCCUUCGCAGAGAAGGAGGUCUUCGAAACCCUCACCGAGAGUGAGAAUAUGCAGGUACGAACCAAAGACGCGCUCCCUAUGAAGGGGGUUGCUGGCAUCAAGGCGCCAGAUGCUUCGGAUCUGGCGCAGCGGAGGCGCAAGAAGUUCCGCGGGGUUGUUUGCGGUAACUUCCAGAAACAGGUGCCGGGUGAGGUCGUCUUCACGAGCAACGUGGAGAUCCUCCGCGUCGGAUCCGCUCUCGCCAUCGCGAGCUCCUGCGGCUGGGCGCUCAAGGCGUUGGACGUGUCCACGGCCUUUCUGAAUGCGCCUCUCCCGGAGGAGGCUGGGGAGGUCUUGGCGCGCCCGCCGGGGAUCCUCUCCUCGUAUGGGCUCGCUGGGCGCGACGAGGUCUGGAGGGCCAAGAAGGGCAUCUGCGGCCUCCGCAUCGCCCCCAGAGCCUGGGGCUUGAAGCGGGGCAGGCAGAUGCGGGCGAUGAGGUUCGAGGUCAACGGCGCGCAGUGCAGGUUGGUCCAAUCUCGCUGCGACGCCUGCGUCUGGAACAUCGUGGAGGGCGCACCGACGAAGACCGAGAGCGAGCAGAAGUCGCUGGGCCUGGCGCUGGUCUACGUGGGCGACUUUUUGCUCGCCGGCGCGCCCGAUGCGAUUAUGGCAGUGGAGGCGGUGGUGAUGGCGACCGGGACGCGCUCGGUCCAAUCGCUCAUCGACCACGCCGCCUACCUGGAGGAUAUCCUGUCCGGGUGGCGGAUGACGAAUGCCAAUGCGUGCGGCGCCAUCUCCAUCGAGCCGCUGGGGGAGGAGCUGGACGCAGAGCCCGAGCUCUGCGACGUGCGCCUCGCCCAGAAGCUGGGCGGCGGGUUGCUGCGGCUGUCGGGCCGCGCCCGCCCUGACAUCGCCUUCGCUUGGGCGCUGCGCCUUGGCAAGCGCAUCAUGUGGCACCUCCUGGGCACGCGCCGCCAUGGGCUGUUCUUCCAGGCGGUGCGCGGCGACGGGAACGGGCUCGAGCUGCGCGCCUUCGCCGACGCCAGCUUCGAAACCGAGUGCUCCCAGACGGGCGUCGCAGUGCGCCCGGGGGAGUGCCUCAUCGACUGGCGAUCCGUCAAACAGGCACAGGUGGCGAGAUCUACGGCGGAGGCUGAGAUUGCGGCCCUGGCGAUGGGCUUGGUCAUGCUGGAGGGCGCGGAGGCGAGCCUCGCGAGCAUGAUGGCGCAGGUGCCGCUCCCCAGGAUGCGGGGCGACAGCGUUGCGUCGCUGUGCUUGGCCCGGGGCCAAGGCAGCUGGAGGACGCGCGCGCUCUCCAACAGGGCGUCGGCCCUCCGCAGCAGGGUGGAGAGCGAGACCCUCUUGCUCGACCACGUUAGGUCGAACGAGCAGCGGGCAGAUGGCCCCACGAAGAUCUUCUCGGUGCCCGCCAUGGCCCGGAUCAGGGGCCACUUCGGCAUCCGGGUGUUGUAA